AAGGGCUCUCUCAAUCUGGCGAUCCUUUACCUUCAAGAGAAGGGUGAAUUGAAGCGGCUGGAGAACAAGUGGUGGUAUGAUCGAGGGCAAUGUGAUCAAGGCAUAUCGGACAGCGGAGCCAGUUCGUCGUUGAACUUAUCAAAGGUCGCUGGUAUUUUUUACAUCCUAAUGUGUGGAAUGGUGCUCUCAAUGGUCACUGCUCUUGUCGAAUUCAUACUACGGAAGAAGAAGGAGAAUAGAGAAAAGGAAAAGAAACGACAGCUGGCGAUGCGUCAACGACCGGUAAUCAUGGGGCCCUGUAAUCGACUGAACAAGCGUCGAACGAGAUCCGAAGAAGCAAGAAGCACCCUGGCCACACAAUUUUAG